GGGCUUGACGAACAGCAUGGAUUCCUAAACCCACAGGGCAGAGGUUGCUCCGGGGGCCGCGGCGGGGCGCUAUUCGGAGUCAGCUGGGACAAGUGGUCUAGGCGGGGCGGAGGGGAAUGGCGCGAGUCCCAAUCAGCAGCCAGGCCUCACUGGCAGUGGCACUCCCAACCACCUUUUCGGACUGCUACUGCAGUGGCCGCAGCCUUAAAAAAAAGGCCCAGCUGCUCUGAGACGUCGCUUCCGGGUGGGUGACCGAGGCCUGGCGCGUGCACACGGCUUUCCCUGUUCCGCCUCUCUAGCCGCCAGAUGCGGGCUCCUCUCGGCGAUCUUAACCCCUUCCUGACUUCUUCCGCUUCGCAGUGUUUCCUGCUCUGGGGAAAGGAGGCGGCGCGCCUGCGAGUGGACGGCGAGACCUGCACUGGAGAACGAAUGCGCGCUCCAGUCUCAUCCCUGAAAUACGUCAUUAUGUGUAUGCAAAUAUUCCAAAAUCUGAAAAUUCUGCCUUGUGAAACAUCACUGGUCCUACUUUUCUGCACUGUGUGUCACACCAGCCUAAGGAAGCAGCUCUUCCGGACCACCUGGGCUUCAGGACCGCCUCUCUGUUCCAAUCCUUCCAUGGCUCAUGAUUUGAGCCUUGUUUUGUUCAGUGCCUUGCUUCAAACACUGAUGAGAGGUGUAGAUGUCCCUCAGCUGACUGUCAUCAGUAUAUGUGAUGUGAGCUCACUGAUCAGUGACCUUUGUGACCAGCCUGGUAGGAUAGAGCUUAUACAUGGAAGCCCCAAAAUUACAGAACACCUGUGUGCAAAAGACUGGACAGCGCUGACUGACCCACUUAUAUGGCUGCGACACAGACUCCUUUUUCCCUGGCAUCCUAGAAGGGAGGCUCCAGAACUGCUGUAAAAUUCUAUGUCUUCUGGUAGAAGUGACUUGAGAGCAGGUAAGUUUCUUAAAUCAGAACUUAGAAUCUCAUUAGAGAACAUGAGAGUUAAGAUGACUCUGCCAGGGUUGUUUCUCAGCUUCUGGGAACCAGUUAUAUAAAGAGCAGCUUUUAUUUCUUAAUACUCAGAGGCCUAAAAUCAGAACAGUGAUUUGGAAAUGUGUAGAAGGUUAGCAUAACAGUGCACUUUGGGGAUGUUUACUCAGUGUUAGACUCUCUUCUCUUAGUCUCUGUAGAUUCACUCAUUUCAUCCUCUCCCACAGACCCAUCAUUUAGCAACAAUGCCAGUUCCUCGUUAGGAAAUGUGCCAAAGUCACACAGGCUGUAAUACACUGAACCACCAUAGGAGCCUAGCACAACUAACCCUUUCUAUGUGAGAGCUGCAUAUUUUAUCCUUUUAAAGGACCAAGUCUUGCUAAGACGUGAUGUUGAAUCCUCACCAUUACACAAUGAAGUGCAAGUAAGUACUCCUGCUUUACUUAGGAGGAUGUGAAGUACUGGCCAGAGAAACAACCUUUUGCCUGACUCCCCAUACACUAAGCCACACCCUGUAUACCUUCUAGGCCAGUCUAUUGGCCAAAAAGUUUCAUAGUACCAGUGACAGUCAAGCAUUGAAGCAAGCACCAGGGUUUUCUCACUUGACCAUUCUCCAUUCUAUGCUAUGCCGAGACAGGAAAAUAAGGAAGAAUUGCAGAGCUGGUCCUAGCGCCCCAGUAUUGGGUAUUACAUUGAUUGAACAUUGUCUUAGUCUAUUAUCCUGCUAUGUCAGAAUACCACACACUGGGGAGUUUAUACACAAAACAAGUUUUCUUCUAUAAUUCUGGAGGUAGAGAAGGCCAAAAUGAAGGUACUGGCAUCUGAUGUCUUUUGAGGGCCUUCUUUCUUACUGUGUCCUCACAUGGUGGAAGGUCAAAUGGCCUAGCGGGGUGCAAAUAUUGUUCUUACAUUUCAGCAGAGCCAAACUCACUCCCCCAAAUCUUCUUAGCUCUAUUUAUACAGUAUCCUCCUGACAUAAAUACCUCCCAUUAAGCCUAACUUCCUAACACUGUAGCCUUGGUGAUCAACAUUUAUCGUGACUCCUGGAAGUUUCAAGCCUUGGUAUAUACCAUGAUGUAUUUAUAAUACAGCAGUUGAGGCCCUAUGUGGCAUGGAUUGCCAGGACAUUAGAGGGGAGAAAAGUUGCAUAAUGUAGGCAUGGAGGGCUUGCUGAAGUAUUCUUGCAGAGUGAAUCAAGGCAGAGAUUGUGUGAGUAAUGCCAGAGGACAUAAGGGAAGGAGAUGGCCGCACACUAUAUCUCCAUCUUCAAGUCUUGGUAUGUAUUCCCAUGUCUGGCACUAUAGGAAAUGAGCUGAGGGUGAUAUCUGAAGUGAUAUCAAGCUACUAACUAGGACUUAGAAUCUGGUGAUAUGUAAUCAUAUCCAACAUGUCCAGUUCUAGACCAGGCACACUGCACUAGCAGACAAGAAAAUAUUUUGGCAGAGCAGGGUAAAAAUGGAAUGCACUAGCAGAAAAUCUGAUCAGUUUUAAAGCCUAAAAGGAAAUGGAAAUAGGAAAUAAAGACUUUACUUCAACUGAGAGGUCAGGCCCAGAUGUCUGCAUGAGUGAAUUGUAUCUUACAUUUAAAGAAAAAUAAUACCAAUCCUUUAAGACUAGUCCAGAAUAUGGAAGGGAAGAAUAUUUCCCAAUUCAUUCUACCAAAAGAACAUUAUUCUGUUAAUAAACACAGACAAGGACAACACAAGUAUAUUACAUACCAACAUGGAUCAUGAAUAUGUAUACAAUAGUGCUUAAGAAAAUAUUGACAAAAUCCAGCAACAUAGUUUCCCCAUAGGAAUAUACAGUUGUUUAACACUCAAAUUUCAGUUAAGGUAAUACACCCUGUUACUCUAAUAAGGGACAAAGUCAUAUGAUCAGCUCAACAGAGAAAACAUAUUUGAGACAAUCUGAAACAUAAACUGGAGGAAGCAAGGAAAAUCCUCACCCUAUAAAAAGCAUCAACAACUAACCUAAAGGUGUUAUAAUAUACUCAGACAAUAUAUUGAAAGAAUAAAUACUUUUCCCAAGAGAACAAGGCAGGGAUGUCUGCCCUCACUGUAGACAAAAAAUAAAAGGGUAUGGAAAAUACAUGUUCUUCACAGACAAGCUAAGGGUUUCACUCCUCAAAAUUAAGGUUAAAAUUUAAUCCUCAUUCUGAGAUCAGGAAACAUGGGAGCAGAGAAACUUUUAAAAGGAGAUUAGUACUCUGCCCAUCUUAAUGGAUUAGUUUAGAUCAAUGGAUUAACCAAUCAGUAGGUUCAUCUGGAUAGUGGGUCUCCUAAAAACAAAACAGUUUAGCUGGGUGUGGUGGUGCAUACCUAUAAUUCCAGUACUCAAAAGGCCGAGGCAAGAGGAUCACUGAGUUUGAGGCCAGCCUGAACUGCAUAGUGAAACUGUCUCAAAAAGACAAAAAAAAAAUAAAACCAGUUUAGCUAGAGCUCUAUCAUGUUCCUUGUUUCCUUGCCACAUGAUGCCCUGCUCUAUCUGGACACUCUUUGACUAAGAAGACAAUCACCAGAUACCAAAAUAAACCGCAUUCCUAUCUAUAUACCUUACCAGUUUGGGACAUUGUGUUGUGAACAACAGAAAAGAGAUUAAGCCAAUGGAAUUUUAGAUAUUCAUGGCUCAUGCUUCUUGAUGACCCCAAAGUGAAAACAAUGUCUACCUACUGGUGAAGGGAUAAAGGAAAGAUACAUCCAUAUGGUAGAGCAUGACUAAAUAUGGUGAAGGGACAAAAUAUUAAUACAUGCUGCAGAAUGUUUGAACCUCAAAAAACUUGAAAAAGAUGGCAGAUAGAUAAGCAGUAGAAUACUGAGGCUGCCUGAGACAGCCAACUCAAAUGCCAGAAUAAAAUAUCAUGUGGAAGUCUGGACAGAGGCAGAUACAUCCUUUUGACCCAGGAAGAAACUAAAGGGAAAAGAACUAGUCAAACAUGCAGUCCCAGGGCUACCAUUGGAGCAGCUAAGAUUAGUGGCAACAGUGCUCUCGCCAGAGUACCUGAAUUUGUGCAGCUGCAACUCGCCACGCUGCCUGAAUUCUGAAUUCCUGCCCCUGCAACUGAGCCACCCAAACUCCCCACCGAUGCCACCAAGCUGCCUGAACUCCCACUGCUGCGAGUCACUGGAACUGCAGUUGUGCUGAAGUCAGAGGUUGGUGAGCCCAACAGAGAACGGCCGGCAAGGGACCUGCAUUGACCCGUGGUGAAUGCUGGGAAUAAGACCCUCCCAUGGGAAAGGAGUGACCAACUGGACAACAUGUUGGAAUCAGGCAGAAUGGGCAAGAGCAAGGAACAGCAGUGACUUUAGUCAGUUAACUGUUCCCUUCCCAGACCAGAUUGGUGAGAUAUACUUGGCCAGGGUCAUGCCUCUGGCCAGGACCCAAUAGGUCAUCUCAAACCAAUUCUGUACGUGCAGUGCACACUAACUCAGUGAAGGCCCCUUCAGGUUGACUGACCUGGAGGGGAGGGGACAGCAUAUGCCACCCCUGUUUACACCUCAGUGACCAACAGCAAACUGAAGAGGGCAGAAAUCUGUAGCCAGUGUGCUUCAGAAGAACCAUAACCAACAAGGAAUGGGGCUGGGACCUCCUCUAUACACCUGUUUGGAAGAAACCAAAAACAUGACAAAGAAAUAAAGUCCUCAGCCCCCAGCCCUGUGACCAUUGAUCCAGGAGAGGUAAAUAUAAAAGAGAUUGAGGGCAGCAAACAUGCAGUGUCAGACAUGGCAUCAGUGGACUUCAUAGACAAGCUCAAAAGUGAAAUAUUUAAUCAAUUAAGGAAGAUAUAAGUAGAUUAAUAAAAGAAAUGCUAAGCACCUCUGAAGAAGAGACAGAAUAAUGGAAGAACACAAAAAAGAGAAAUGUUUGAUGAAGAAUAUAAAGAAAACCUAAAAUACAUGAAGCAGGUUCAAAGAGAUUACCAGGAAAUUAAAAACCCCAUUGAAAACUGGCAAAACUGCUUGAUAGAAACUAGGAUAGACUAUCAAAAUUUGAAGACAGGUAUGCAGUGUGUGAUCAUGAAAGAUUUCUUAAAAAUAACAAGGAAAUAGUAACAGUCCAAAGGCUAGAAGAUGAUAAAAGGAUCUAUAACUUAAGAAUAAAGAAUGUGAAUGAAGAAGCAGGAGUAAAAUAAAGGAAAUGCAAAGGGUAUUCACAGAAAUAAUUAAGAAAAACUUCCCAAGCACAGGAUAUUCAGAUGUAUGAGGCAUAUAGAACUCCAGCCACCUACAACCAAAACAGAGCCAUACCAAGACAUACAAUAAUCAAGAUCCCAGAAAUUCAAUAUAAGAACAGAAUAUUAAAAGCUUCCAGAGAAAAGAAACAGAUUGCCUAUAAAGGAAAAGCCAUCAAAAUCACGGCACACUUCUCAACACAGACCAUCAAAUCAAGAAGAGCUUGGAGUAAAGUAUUCCAAGCCCUGAAAGAAAAUAACCUCUAGCCCAGAUUGAUGUACCCUGAAAAACUGUCUCUAGAAAUUAAUGGAGGGGGGCUGGGGAUUUAGCUCAGUGACAUAAGCGCGUGACUUGCAAGCAGGCAGUCGUGAGUUCAAUCCCCGGUACCGAUAAAAAGGAAAAAGACAAAAAAAAAAAAUUAAUGGAGAAACAAAAUGCUUCCAAGACAAAGAGGAACUGGGGGAAUCCGUGCUCACCAAUCCAACCCUACAGAGAUACUGAAAGACAUUCGAGAGAGAGAAAAAAAGUACCAAGAUUUCAGGAACAGUGGCAGAGGCCUCAAUGAAUAGGGCAGGAAAUGGAAUGCAGGAGAAAAGCAGACAACUAAUGGCAGAAAAAUAGCACAGCAGAAAUGAGGCAGAGAAGGUUGGCUAUAAUCUAAUAUAGAUGGCCUUGAUACACUAAAAGAAAAGCACAGGCAGAGUAGAUCAGGAGGUAGGGUCCACCGAGAUGCUCUAUAUAGGAAAUAUAAUUAACCUGAAAAAGGGUUUACAGAACAAAAAUCAAAUAUGAGAAAACAAUGCUCUGUGUGAUGGAACCAGAAAGUAAUUUGGGCAGGGGCAACUCAACCAGCACCUGUAGAAACAUUGGAAAGACAAUUUUUGUAGGUAAAGGAAUACAACUUGAGAUCAAGUCCAGGAGGGAGAAGGUUCAAAACCACUUAGGUAAAUAGUAGGUUGCCCCGUCAAUCUAAAAAGUGAGGGACUUGUUGUGACCCAAAGAUGCACAGUGAACCCUGUGGGAGUGAAAGGCGAGAAAUACUCUAAAAAAAAAAGAAGGCAGAGGAUAUUGUUAAUAGUGUAUCAGGAUUUAAAAUCCACAUUACGGAGCUGGGGAUUUAGCUCAGCGGCAUGAGCACCUGCCUUGCAACCAGGCAGUCGUGAGUUCGAUCCCCGGUACCGAUAAAAAAGAAAAAGACAAAAAAUAAAAUAAAAUAAAAUAAAAUAAAAAAUAAGACCCACAUUACUCACACUGCUCUGUUUAGAUAGAUUAUAUUCUGUCCCUAUUUGUCCACUUGCACUAAAUCUGAGGGCACAGACAGGUGUCCCAAAAAUAGCAGGAUACAGUAUGGUAAUCAUCCUUAAUUUCCUGUUAGCUUAAGCUGAAGCCCUAUGUAACAUAUACUGUUUUACCAUGACUGAUCUUGGUUGAAUCUGGUGUUUGUUAGAUUGCUGUUUAUUCAAAUCCAUUAUGACUGAUAGUAUCAAGUCUGAGAGUAUAGGCAACUACACUGAAGAUGACAAGAUUCACUAGGAUACCCAUUCUGGUUUGAUUAUUACCUGCUUUUGAAGUUUUACACUAUCUACAAUGUCUUGUUUUUAUUAAUAUUGUUCUGUACUGCUAUAUACAAUUAUACUAUGCCUUGAUGAUAUAGACAAUUCUAUUGAAGAUAACAAGAGACAACACAGUAACCAUUGUAGAACACCUUGUAAUGUGGUUUUAUAUGACUUUUACAUUUCAUGUUUUUAUAGGAAUGUUUUGUUUUGUCUUGAUUUGUUUUGUUUCUCUCUCUAAUAUAGAAAGGAUAAAAAUACAGGUAGAGACUCAUGCAUGUGUAGAACCUAUAAACAGUUUAUGAGAACUGAUCAUAUAUCAUGUAAUGAAAUGAACAACUACUCUGAAUUAAAAGAGACACUGCAGUACCUAAUGCUCAUCCCAUAAUGUCAUGAUGUGAAAUCCAGCAACACUAUUAUUCUCUGUUCAGAGUGAUUUUAGCCUGUUUUGUUUUGUUUAAUCUUAACAUACAUGAAGGUAUGGAUAACAACAUGUAUGUUUAAGUGUAUAGGAUUGAUAACCAUAUUACUAAGUUUUUGUUUGCUAGUUGAGCAGAACUGUUUGCAGUCUUGCUGUUUGAAUCCCCACUUUGUAUGAUUCACUUUUGUAACUUAACAACUAUUUGUAAGAGGACAAUAUGUAAUCAUCAACUAGUGAUUUCUUACUGUUUUUUUGAAAUUGUGUAUUAUUUCUACCCUUUUUCUAUUUUUUCUUUCUUUCUUUAAAUAAAAAAAAAAAACUUUGCCAGUGUGA